ACUGAGGUUAUGUUCAAUGUUGCCGGCUGUCACGGGAAAUUCGCCAAAAUUGCUGGAAAACUCUGCGAAAAUUGUAGAAAUUUGUGUGAAUUUGCGAUGUCAACCCUCGCAAAAACUACCCUAAGUCUCUCAUGUGUGGUGUCCCUGGGAAUCAUAGGCUAUGUGCACUACAAACAGCAAUCAGACAGGUCAAAAUUGCACGAGGGAGUCAUCAAGGAUGUGGAGAGGCAGCAAAGGCGUAAAUUGGAGAACACUUAUCGACUCCAGGAGCAAAUAGAAUUGACCAAACAAUUGCAGAAAGAGCAAGACGCACUAGAGAAAGGUUCUGGAGGGUAAUGAAACCCCUGUGGCACUCGUGCAGGAGAUUUCGAUAGAAUAUGUACAGAAUAAGAUUACCUAUAGUGUUAAAAGAAUAAAGGACUGAUCAGGAGAGCCUGAAAAUUAUUAAAGAAAAGCGAUUACAGACCCAUCAGAAAUGCUUGGGCCAAAAUCCUCUUCUCUUAGUCACAAUUCAAUGUUCAUCCGAGGUUUUACUCGAUAAUUACUUUUAUUCAAUAUCCAAUAUAGAAAUGUUUGUUACUCACCUGUUAGACAAAUUUCACAAAAAAUAUAAAACUUUUUUUUUAUAUAAAAAAGGGGCUUCUUCCAGAUAUACUAGUAAAAAAAAGGAAAUAUACAAAAUUGAGAUUACGAUCCAGAGCGCUCCAAGUACAACCAAAAUAGUGAUUUUGCUGGGAAAUUCUGCGAUAAUUUGAUGAAAAUUUAUACAUCCUUCGCACCGGAGGGUGAUUCAGACUUUCGGAGCAUUUUGACGCCACGGCGACAGUUGGAAAUUCAUGAAACGUGCGCAGAGAGUAAAUCAUCGU